AACCUCGUUCACGCCCUACUUCACCUCGUUCUAAUUGUUUAUCACUAUCAAACGAUAAUGAUGCGAGUCAAAAGUAGAAGACAGAAUCGAAGAACCAUUCGUACGUAGAUUAGACAAAUAGAUAGCACGUCGUCGACAGAUUUUGGAGAUAACUUAUGCAGCUGUUCCGCUGGCCGGCUGUAAUACAGAAGUUGCACCAGUGGACGUAUUAGAAGGUGUCAGACUCGCCAGGUUCAACCUCGGCCGUUAAUUUAAUUAAUGAGAUAUCGAGACAUGUCGUUUGCACGUUAAAAUGUCGUAUCAGGAUUCACCUUUCUCGACCAUGUAUGGUCAGGACGAUUACGAUAUCGACGAGGAAGACGACGAGUACUUGCACUUGGAGGAUGAUCGCGCUGUCGAGGAACUGGUCGAGAGCGAUGAAGAUACAGAGGAGGCGAGUGAGACGGAUCUUGGUAAAUCGGAAGAAUACACGGAGAUAAAAGAACAAGUUUACCAGGACAAGUUGGCCAGUUUGAAGAAACAGUUACAGCAGCUGAAGGAUGGAACGCAUCCGGACUACAACCGCAAGUUAAAGAGGUUGGAGGCACAGUACAAAGAAAGAUUACGACUGAACAUAAUUUACCGUGAUUAUUUGACCGAAUGGGUAGAACGGGAUUAUAUAUUGGAGAAGAAAGCAGCGGUGAAAGAAUUCGAAGAGAAGAAGAUUGAUUUGAAGGAGAACUUAUUGACCGACAUGGAGGAGAAGCGGAAAAUGAUAGAAUCGGAUCGGCAUACAAUGGAACUGACGGGUGAUUCGAUGGAGGUGAAACCUGUGAUGACGAGAAAAUUACGAAGGCGACCCAACGAUCCAGUACCGGAGAAAGUAGAGAAACGAAGGAAACCACCCCCGGCACAAUUGAAUUAUUUGUUGGACGAAAAGGAGAUAGAGAGCGAUCUCAAAGCUAUCAGCCGUGGCAAAGUACUGGCUACCGUUCGAAAACCAGUGUUGUCCCAUUACAACGCGGUAAAUAUAUCUUCGCAACACGUUCCUCCACCCUCCGAUACGCCCAUGAUAGAUACCAGAAUAGAGGACGGGAAACUGCUGCACGAAAGGCGAUGGUUCCAUCGCGGUCAACCGGUAUACGUGGAGGGAAAGGACUUGACAAGGUUCGCCGCAAACAUCUCUGCGAUCGGAACCGAGGCCAUUUGGGUGAAGAAAGUUUCGGAUGGGAGCAAAGUGCGAAUAUACAUAUCCCAACUCAGUCGAGGGAAAAUUUCGAUCAAGAGAAGAGCGUCUUAAUUAUUAUUGUGAAAAGGACGGACUUACUCGAGUGUUCAGUAACUCUUAAACUUGUGAUACGUUAGACUUGUAGUUUAUUGGAAUCCUAUUUUCUGGAUUCAAUAUAAUUUUUACUGUGCU